AAUGGCUAAACUGAAAUGUUUAACCUCUGCCCACAACUGUACUAAAGGUCAAAUUGAACGUACACAAAUUGUUCACAACAACGGCGUAGAAGUUAAAUUUAUAAAGUUUUUAUUUUGAUUCUGUAAAUUCGGGUAAAAAGAAAUUGGGAAGUAUGAGUUCGGAUGAGACUAAGUUGGAGGCUGCCUACGAGCAUUUGAUGGAGGAGAACAUCAAAAGCCAGUUGGAGAAAAAUGGGACCAUGGCGAUACUUCGAAGUGAAAUGCACAUAAAGGUGCUUCAGAUGAUGCGGGGCCAGCAGGACAUGUCCAAAAAGCGACCUCUUACCGGUGGAUCAGCCAAUUCAUCCGCAGAUCGGAGCCUGAUAAAGCUUAUAAAUCAACUGGUCAUGGAGUUCUUUCAUUGGUUCGGCUACAGGCACACCCUGGAAACAUUUCGCAUGGAGACGGUGAUGCGCGACUGGCAAUUGAAUCCGGAUGCCAAUAAAGUGGAUCCUCUACAUUCCAUGACUGAACGAUGCCGCAAGUUGAGAGAGGAGCUCGAAGACCUGCGAACCCAAAAGGGCAUCAAACAUGAGAAACUUGUUCAGAGCAAUCGAAAGCUCAUUAAAAACGAUCCCCUUAAAAGACUUAUCGCAAUCAACAAGGCUAAAACACCACCACCUCGAUCAUUCAAGACAGAUAUUUCGAAAGUAAACUUAGAUAGCUCUGAGUCCGAUAUUUUGGACACGGAUUACAGCGAGGAUGAGACGGAAGAUAGUGACGCUUACAAGGACAUACCCGACAGACAAUUCUAUGUCGAGGACUUGCCACCAGAGGCUAAGUAUGCUCCUGGUCAUGGCGAAGAAGGUCCCUACGAUGCCAAACAACGACAGGCCGAGACUCUAUUCCAGCAAUAUAAGCGCGAAGUUAGUACCGACAAUAUUCCAAGUUCAUCCAAAAAACCCAUAACACCGAAUAGACCAAGAAGUAUACCAACUGAAGGCUUGGCUUUGUGGGAUAAAUCUUCCUCCCGUGGCAAAGAUGAGGGGGUAAAGAAAAACAAAGUCUCCCAUUGGAAAUACGCGGGAAAAACCCCAACUCGUGGCAAAAAUGGCUUCAAAGCUGAUGGUGAACCUGUUUUGGCUAACAUCAAACCCAAGUGCCCCGAUACCCACAUUGGAAAAAUUGAUUUGGACAGCGAUGAUAGCUUCAAUGAUGAUUGAGCAGUGUCUCAAGACCCUUCAACUAUAUUCAGUUUUCGAGAGCUCCAGUUAUAUUCAGAAUGAAUAGUAAAUUCAUAGUUUUUUACAAGUAUUUUACAUAUGUAACAAUUUUGUUUGGCUGCAAUCAUAUUAAAUAAAGUUAUAUAAACUAUUUGAA